AUGGAUGCUGUUGGAGGAGGCGGAAAACCGUGAUUAAAGCCCAAAGCACUUAUUUGCUAUAUCUGUGGAAGAGAGUUUGGGACAACUUCUUUAGGGAUCCACCAAAAAAACUGCGCAAGACUGUGAGAGGAGAGAGAAAAUUUAAAACCAAAAAGAGAAAGAAGGCCACUUCCAGAGCCACCAAAAGAAAUCGCAAUCGCGUCUAGUGGAAAAGAUAACAUUGACCAAUUCAAUGAUAUUGCAUUUAAUGCUUUUACAAGCAAAUCAAUGGCACAGUGCCCAAACUGUGCAAGAAAAUUUCUUGAAGAUCGACUUGUUAUACAUUUACGUAGCUGCACAUCUGAAAAUCCAUGCAAGCCAGUUCGAUCAAUAACUUCAGCAAUUUUAGAAUCGCCUCAAAAAUAUCAGGCGAACUCAUUGCCGAUGACUUCGCAAGCAAAACCUCCUCAGGUGAAUUCAUCAAGCUCAGCAUUAAUAAAAAAUCCGAAGAAGCAAUCACUUAUUGAUAAAUAUCUUUCAGAAGCCCAGUCUAAGCUCCAAGACACAGAAACCCCUCCAUCUCCAGAAAUAAAAUCCAAAGAAUCCACAGAAAUCCUACGAUCAUCCUCAGCAUUCCAAAGCAAAGAUAUUAAUGAAAUUAUAAGGCCUUUAACAAGCCAAAGAAAUCAAGAAGAGCCCAAAAUCAGCCUUAAUACAAUGGAAAAUUUUAACUCUUCGCCAGAAACUGAAGAUAAUAGAAUUCCUUGUAGCAAAUGUGGGAGAAAAUUCAAUGCAGAUCGGGUGGGAAAGCAUGAAGAAAUCUGUAAAGGGGAUAAUCAAAACUGAGGAAAAGUAAAGGAAGACAACAAAAAAGUGUCUAAAAUAUAUAAGUUAGGAAAUACCAAUGCGAAAAUAGUGGAAGAAAGUGUGGAAUGCUCGUAUUGCUUAAGGAAUUUUGAUCAAAAAGUGGCAGAAAAUCAUAUUCCUAUAUGUAAAAAUACUUUAAAUAGGCCAAAUCCUCCAAAAAAUACAAGAAGUUUAAGCCAAAACGUAAUUACAAAUAAAGAAAAAAUUGUGCCUUCAGUAAGCUCUAAUUCGCCUGCAAGAAGCCCUGAUAUAGGGAAAAUCAAGAAACCUCUUAGAGUUAACAAUGAAAAGGUAUAUUGUCACAACUGUGGGGAAAGGUAUUUCCCAAAUGCAAAAUUUUGCUCAUUUUGUGGAGAAAAGAAAUAA